AUGGAAGGCAUGUCCAAGAGGAAAAAGGCCGACGGCUGGUCGGAGGAGCAGCGUGUUUCCAUGUACAUGGUGCACCAUGUCUUUUUUCCGCCCCAGCUGCCCAGCGAAGACGACUGGGACGCCGGAUUGGAGUUGCAGUUGCUCUCCACUCUACUGGACUGCCUCGAAAGCUUCGCGUCUUCUUUCACCUCUUCCAGUCAGCGCGGUGCGGCCAAUUCCAAUGCUGCGAUGGUUAAUUUGCAUGUUGUACACAGAGGAGCCGUUGCUCUGCACAUCUCUAGUCAGAAUGCUGGAGUCAUCGUUAGCAGGCAGGAGGAUUCGGUCCAUUUCGAGGUCUUCGAGCUGUGCCCUGAGAACCAGACUGUCAUGGCGUCUCCAGGCAGGCUCCGCCGUCAGUUCCCAGAUGUCUCCUGCCGGGUCCCGCUCAACAAGUUUUGCGACGCAGGUUUCCGAGCAAACAUUGCGUUCAGCCUGGCGACGCUGAGCCAGCAGUCUCCGCCGGGCAUCCGCCCACGGGUGAAGAAGGCAAGUCAAACCCAUGCCGAGGAUCGGGAUACCGUCGACCCCAUGUGGGUUACCGAGUGGCUCAUCUCCGGCGUUCUGGGCCCCGACUGCGAGAUUGUCGGCGGACAGGGCUUCUGGAAAAAUGUCCGGGACGUCGUCCUUUGGAACAACAGCUUCAUGCCAUGGCGCAGAUCUCCGACUUGGCUCCUUGCUCGGGUCGCUAUGGCUGAGCUCGCACGCCGCCAAGAACGUCUGUUCCAUGACCCGGCCCCAACCCUUCAUAUCGCGCAGCUUGGAUCACUCGAUUUCGCCCAGGAUGUCGUCCACCAACUGCCAGAUGUUGACAAAUUCGUCAAGUCGAUCCCGGAUCGAGAGAAAAUCAUGCGCCAGACCGAGUUCUGUCGGACUGGGCACCCCGCGGAGUUCAAGCCCGACAGGUUGCCCACCUUCUCCAGCACAACUCCAGAGUAUAUCACGGCCACUCUCGCCGCAUUCGAGAAAUGGGUCGCCGAUCACCUGGAUGCGUGGAUUGUGGCCCAUGCCUCGGAUUGGGAUGCAUGCGCCAAGCUAGGCACUCUCAUGAAGACGUACCAAGGGCUCGCAUACACCGACUACGCAAAGAAUCCGGAAGGCACCUCUGUCCUUGUCCUAACGGUGCUUGAGCUCUGGAUUGCCUGCGACAAGUCGGCUACCGCCCUCGACUCUCUUCUAAAGGAAUACAGCCCGCGCGUGCCGGCUCAGCUGCUACAGUCAUUGCUCCUUCCAUAUCGGGACCAGAUGGUCCGUCUUGAGAAGGCUGAGCUCUAUAUCCUGGAGCGAACUCGGACUGCCGAUCCUUCUCUGCCCCCAUCUUCCAGUCCUUCGCGAGCGCCCGGUCCUUUGCCCUGCGGCACUACUCUACGUCUCCAAAACUCCAGGAACUCUACCGCCGGAUCACGAAAGAUGCGGAAAAUGCUCGAGCCAAGAAAGUCGUCCAACUCGCCCGACUUCAGGACAGCUAUAGAGACUUGA